CCCAAACGAAGCACACCCCUUACCGUUCCAUUGCCACCACCUCUAUUUGGACCCCGAUUCCAUUUCCGCGCCCGUCGGCUACACCUGGCCACCGGCUUCUCCGCCCCCCGCCACCGUCUUCGCCUCCGUCUCCGAUCUGACCUACCUCACAGAUCCAGCCAUCAGUUCUCCUGUGCCGCUGCGCGGGAGCCUGAGCGUGCGGCGACCUCUCCUGCCGCGCCGCCAAUGAUUAAUUUCGUGCUCCUGAUCAGCCGCCAGGGCAAGGUGAGGCUCACCAAGUGGUACUCGCCUUACACCCAGAAGGAGAGGACCAAGGUCAUUCGUGAGCUCAGUGGCCUCAUUCUUACGCGAGGGCCCAAACUCUGCAACUUUGUCGAGUGGAGAGGUUACAAGGUUGUAUACAGGAGGUAUGCCAGCCUGUAUUUCUGCAUGUGCAUUGAUGCUGAUGACAAUGAGCUCGAAGUCCUUGAAAUUAUCCAUCAUUUCGUUGAGAUACUAGACCGCUAUUUUGGCAGUGUAUGUGAGCUGGAUUUGAUAUUCAAUUUCCAUAAGGCCUACUACAUACUGGAUGAGAUUCUCAUCUCUGGUGAGCUUCAAGAAUCAAGCAAGAAGAAUGUUGCAAGACUAAUUGCUGCACAGGAUUCAUUAGUAGAGGCUGCUAAAGAGGAAACCAACUCCAUAAGUAACAUUAUUGCUCAGGCUACAAAAUAAAAUUCUAUGCCGCUUUGAUGCCUGCCCCUUCGAUAUACAAGUAAAUGUAAUGCACUAGACGGCUAGUUCAUUUGUUCUGUUCAUUAAGGAAUAUGGCUUUCAAGACCCCAGAAUUUGAGCUUGAUGUGUAACUACAUUGUAUGUGUUCCCGUGCAACUAGAUUUGGGACGUUCCGGAUACUCAGGCAUAGAUGUAAAUUCAUGAUGUUAUAAGUGCGUUAUUUCGUUUUGAUCUCA